AACGUUCUGGCUGGAGCACUCUUUGGGCCGUGGACUGGGCUGGUGCUGUGCUCGGCCCUAACGUCUGUGGGAGCGACCUUCUGCUACCUGCUCUCUGGCACGUUCGGGAAGCAGUUCGUCGUCUACUACUUUCCUGAUAAAGUGGCUCUGCUGCAAAGAAAGGUAGAAGAGAACAGGAGCUGCUUAUUUUUCUUCUUGUUAUUCCUGAGGUUGUUCCCCAUGACACCAAACUGGUUUCUGAAUCUCUCGGCUCCCAUUUUAAACAUCCCUGUGUCCCAGUUCUUCUUAUCUGUUCUUAUCGGUCUUACACCAUAUAAUUUCAUCUGCGUGCAGACAGGAGCCAUUCUGUCACAAAUCACCUCUUUGGAUGCCAUUUUCUCCUGGGACACGCUGCUCAAACUGCUUGCAAUGGCUGUGGCAGCAUUGAUACCAGGGACCCUCAUCAAGAAAUACAGCAAGAAGCACUUGAAGCUGGAUGAAGACAAGCAUGCUCAGUUACUCAAUGGCAAAAAGAGCUUGUGAUGGCUCAGGUGCCCCAGAUGUUGGGGGAUGGCCUUGCAAAAGCUGCAGGUCUCUGUUCCUGUGGGUUAUAUUCUGCAUGCUCUGUGCCACUGUGGACCAAGGACAAUUGAAGUUUUUAAUCAUUCUUCUCAUCUAAGAGGAGGUGUAAGGUUCUUAUUUUUAAUGAAUAUUUAGCUGUGCAUGUAUCUGCACGGA